GCAGGACAUCUACGAGGAACAAGAAACGCGUGAAACUCAUAGCGCAAUGGGAAGUGCGCUCUCUCUGUAAAAAGGAAGUGAUCUCUGGUUGUUGGAUAGUAAAUCCUCCGUAACGGAUGUCUUGUUCGAUAAUUCCUCUUUAUUUUGUGUCUAAUAUUUCCAUUUGCACAAUUUUGACCUCGGUGCGGUAGCGAAAAGAGGAUAUAAUAUACUACGGUGGUUCAUUGAAGGCCGGUAUUGUAUUCAUACAAAGCUGUAAUGAGCUAUUGAUUUGCCUGUUUUCUUUGUGGGGAUUCGCGGGAUUACUUGGUUUAUUUAAAUGUCAAAAACAACUUGGAAGUAUGUCUUUCUUCUUGUUUCGCUAUGGCUGCUUAUCCUUGGCUACAUGGGCUAUCAACUUUUGUCCGUUGUUGAGGAUGCAAAUCGAAGCGCUGCCGCAGUUUUGCAAAAGGAAAGACAAAUUGAGUUGCUUCAGACCCAGAACGGGGGACUGAAAAAGAAGUUAGCGGAGCUCCAAGCAGACAAGAAUAAACUCGAAAUGGAAGUAGCGGAACUUAGACAGAAGAAUUCAGAUCUUCAACGCAAACUAUUAGCUCAUAAAUCCUCGAUGGUGAUUCCUAUGGAACCGCACGAGCUCAAAGAUAAGCGUGAUCAAGAUUCUGACACUUCAUCGGUAAAAUUUACGCCGUCUAGUCUGGAAUUUUUAACGAUAAGACGGAGAGCAGAGAAGGAAUUAAAAGAAAUGUGGUAUUUUAUCAGUGCAGAAGUAAGCAGAAUUAAGAAGUCCGCUAGCGAAAGCGUGAAAUCGAAGCUGACAAAGAUGAUGUGGACUGUUGAAGAUAUGCAUCAUGUUUUGUCUUUAAACUUUGAAAAUUUAAAAUCCAUGAAUGGACAGAGAGAAUGGGUUGAGAAGGAGCAUAAAGAACUUGGUGAUCUUGUUCAAAGAAGACUGCAACAUUUACAGAAUCCAACCGAUUGCGAUUCGACGAAGAAGCUUGUGUGUCAGCUCAAUAAAGGAUGUGGUUACGGUUGCCAAGUUCACCACCUAAUGUAUUGUUUUAUAGUUGGUUACGGUCUUCAAAGGACUCUCAUAAUCGACUCUAGUGGUUGGAGGUAUUCGCCGAAAGGCUGGAAUGGGAUUUUUAAACCUGUUAGUGAAACGUGUACAAACCAUAAAGGCAAUGUAGCGGCAUGGAGCGAGUCCGCGUCGAAAAGUGAACAAAAUAUUUUAAUGCCAAUUGUCGAUAGUUUAUACCCCAGACCUCCAUACAUGCCGUUGGCUGUACCUAAAGAUUUGGCCAACAGAGUACAGAGAAUUCACAGCCAUCCGUUCGUGUGGUGGAUCGGACAGUUUGCUAAAUAUUUAUUUCGCUAUUCACCUGCUGUGCAAGAAGAAAUCGACAAAAAAAGAACUUUGCUUGGCUUCAAGAAACCCAUUGUCGGGGUUCAAGUUCGAAGAACUGAUAAAAUCAACACAGAAGCAGCUUUCCAUUCCAUAGAAGAAUACAUGUAUUGGGUAGACUUGUACUAUAACAAACUAGAAAGAGUACAACCUGUGGAACAAAGACGUGUCUAUCUUGCUACAGAUGAUGCUAAUUUAUUACCUGAAGCAAAAGACAAGUACAAGAACUAUGAAUUUGUUAGUGAUCGGGAAAUUUCCAAGUCUGCUGGCCUUGGAUCACGCUACUCAGACUCUUCUCUACAUGGAGUUCUGUUUGAUAUUCAGAUGUUAUCAGAGUGCGAUUUUUUGGUUUGCACCUUUUCUUCGCAGGUUUGCCGUGUGGCUUACGAACUGAUGCAAUCAUCUCAACCAGAUGCAGCUAAAAAAUUCCAAUCCUUGGAUGACAUUUACUACUUUGGUGGACAGUCGGGUCAUGAUGUGAAAGCUGUCUAUCCCCAUCGUGCUCAAGAUUCUACACAGAUAGACCUAGCUGUGGGGGAUAGGGCAGGAAUUGCUGGCAAUCACUGGGAUGGAUAUUCUAAGGGUGUCAAUCAUAAGACUCAUCAAGAUGGUCUUUUCCCAUCAUACAAAGUUGAAGAUGUCAUGGAAGUUUAUGAUUUCCCAACUUACGAUGGAGUAUAGCUGGACAUUCUUCAUAUCAAACACUUUUUAAAUUGAAUUGAUAAUCUGGUAGAAAUUAUGAUUUCUAGUUUUUUUAACGUCAAAGUAUAAGAUAAUAUAUUGAUUAAACAAUUAGAGAAUGAAACUGUACAUGUAGUGUGGUUAAUAUGCUCUUGAUGGUCAACAGUUUAAAUUGCCUUGCUUAAUUCUUGGUUUUGUAAUAUUUGACCUUACAAUCUUAAAUUCAUAGAAGAUGAUAAAAUAUCAGGAGCAUUAAAAUACAUUUAUGAUUAUAGCA